CCACCUGACCACCUCCACCCUCCCUCGCCUCACCCUAGGUUUCGCCGCCCGCGCCGCCGCCAUGAUGCCGCAGCCGCAGCCCGGCGUCGCCCCUCCCCCGCAGUCCGCCCCGGGCGCGCCGCAGCACUGGGGUGGCAUCCCGCCGCCGAUGGGCCCCCAGCACCAGUACGCACCGCCGCCGCCCCAGCAGGCCCCGCCCCCGCCGCAGAUGUGGGGCCAGGCGCCCCCGCCCCCGCCACAGGCGGCGUACGGGCAGGCGCCCCCGCCACUCCAGCCCGCGUACGGGCAGGCGCCGCCUCCGCUGCACCAGGCCGGGUACUACGGGGCGCCGCCACCCGCCGCCGCGCCCGCCGGGCCCAACGAGGUGAGAACGCUAUGGAUCGGCGACCUGCAGUACUGGAUGGACGAGAACUACGUCUACGGGUGCUUCGCGUCCACAGGGGAGGUACAAUCUGUGAAGCUUAUUCGUGACAAGCAUACUGGACAGCUUCAGGGCUAUGGUUUUAUUGAAUUCAUAAGCCGUGCCGCUGCUGAAAGAGUUCUUCAGACCUACAAUGGGACAAUGAUGCCCAAUGUUGAGUUACCAUUCCGAUUGAAUUGGGCCACUGCUGGUGAAAAACGUGAUGACUCCCCUGAUUAUACAAUUUUUGUUGGUGACUUGGCUGUUGAUGUUACGGAUUACAUAUUACAAGAGACAUUCAGGGUGCAUUAUCCUUCUGUCAAGGGUGCAAAAGUUGUAACAGACAAACUAACUAUGCGCUCAAAGGGUUAUGGCUUUGUGAAAUUCGGUGAUCCUAAUGAGCAAGCUCGUGCAAUGACUGAAAUGAAUGGAAUGCUCUGUUCUUCAAGACCCAUGCGUAUUGGGCCAGCUGCAAACAAGAAAGCUACAGGAGUUCAAGAAAAAGUACCAAGUGCCCAGGGAGUUCAGUCUGACAAUGACCCUAACAAUACAACCAUUUUUGUUGGCGGCCUUGACCCCAAUGUCAAUGAAGAUAUGUUGAAACAAGUUUUCAUUCCUCACGGAGAAGUGGUCCAUGUUAAGAUCCCUGUGGGCAAAAGAUGUGGUUUUGUUCAAUAUGCAAACAGAUCCUCUGCAGAGGAGGCGUUAGUAAUUCUGCAGGGUACCCUGAUUGGAGGGCAGAAUGUGAGGCUUUCUUGGGGUCGCAGCCCUUCAAACAAACAAGCUCAGCCUCAACAGGAUUCCAACCAGUGGGCUGGGGCUAAUGCAGGUUAUUAUGGCUACGGGCAAGGAUAUGAGGCAUAUGGGUAUCCUCAGUCUCAGGACCCUAAUGCUUAUGGUUAUGGAGCCGGAGCUUAUGCUGGCUAUCCAAAUUAUCAGCAGCAACCAGUGGCACAGCAGCCACAACAAUAGUGAGAUCCAGUGACAGCCCUAAUCGUUUGGGUGCGUUGAUGCAAGCGGAUUUACUGAGUAAGAUAUAGAGCGCCCGUUCAUGAAGGCUGUACAAAUAUAAUUUAGCGCCUUGUAUGGUGCACUGUGGUUCUAUUCCAUGAUCCUAAGACAAGUUGUUGCGUGUCUUGGUAUCGUUAGUUUACCUUUUUUCUAGCUCGUUUGCUGUUGUGUCAUGUCUUUUUGUCACUUGCAUUUUUCUUUAUACUAUCGUGCUUUAAAUUUGAAGUGUGGCGCGGAUGUUUGCCUAUGGGUAUGUUGUGUUAGCUAACAAACAUGCAGAUUGAGAAAUUUUUCUCGGCGACAGGACUAA